AUGUCAUCAUCAUCAAUAAAAGACUCAAAACUAGAGUUAUCAGAACAAUCUGAUGUUUCAUCAUUUGAUCCAGAUUCAUUUUUACAAAAGGAAUUAGAUGAAGAUUCUCAAAAUAAUAUUAAUUAUAGAAAUUGUUCAUGGCAAAAAACUGCAGGUUUAUUAUUUAGUGAAUAUAUUUGUUUAGCAAUUAUGUCAUUUCCUUGGUCUUAUUCAGUUUUAGGGUUAGGAUUAGGUUUAAUUGUAACAGUUAUUGUAUCAUUAUUAUGUCUUUAUACUGGUUUAAUAAUAUGUGAUUAUUGUGCAGCUUAUCCUCAUCUUACAAAUGUUUGUGAUAUUGGUCAACAUUUAAUAUUUGGUUCAAAAUGGGUUUGGUAUGCUACUGCUGCAGCAUUUUUAUUAAAUAAUACUUUAAUUCAAGCUUUACAUGUUUUAGUUGGUGCAAAAUAUUGGAAUACUAUUAGUGAUAAUACAACUAUUUGUUCAGUUGUAUUUGGAGUUAUAACUGCUAUAAUAUGUUUUUUAUUAUCUUUACCAAGAACUUUUAGUCAUAUGUCUGGUGUUGGUUAUUUUUCAGCUAUAACAAUGUUUAUUGCUGUUAUAUUAGCAAUGGUUUUUGCAGGUAUUCAAUCACAUCCUUUUAAAUAUGAUCCAUCAACUCCAGUUCAUUGGACUGCAUGGCCAGCAUCAGAUGCAAAAUAUGUUGAUAUUAUGUCAGCUGUUUUAAAUAUUGUUUAUACAUUUGUUGGACAAAUUACUUAUCCUUCUUUUAUUUCACAAAUGAAAAAACCAAGAGAAUUUAGAAAAGCUUUAAUAGUUGUUACAAUUUGUGAAUUAAUUACUUUUGCGUUAGCUGGAUCAAUUGUUUAUGUUUAUGUUGGAAAUGCAUAUAUUACAGCUCCAGCAUUUGGUUCAUUAACUGGUAAUUUUAAGAAAAUCGCAUUUAGUUUUGCAUUACCAACUAUUUUAUUCUUGGGAUCAUUAUACAGUAAUGUAUCAUCACAAUUUCUUUUCCAUCAAAUUUUUAAUAAAUCAAGUAAACAUAGAAAUGAACAUACAGCAGUUGGUUGGGGAGUCUGGACUUUAUUAAAUUUAGUACUUUGGGCUAUUGCUUUCGUUUUAGCAGAAGUUAUUCCAUUUUUCUCAGAUCUUUUAUCAUUAAUGAGUUCAUUAUUUGAUUGCUUUUUUGGUUUUAUAUUUUGGGCAUUAGCAUAUUUCAAAUUAAGAAGAUUAUAUUAUUAUAAAAAAGAAGGUAUUAAAAUUGGAUUUUGGGAAUUAUUUAAUAGAUCUUCCGUGGUAUCAAAAUUUGAAUUCGUAUUAAAUAUCAUAAUAUUUGGUUUAGGUGUUUAUAUUUUAGGACCAGGAUUAUAUGCUACUAUUCAAAGUAUUAUUUGGUCUUAUCAAGAUAGUUUAUACGGAAAACCGUUUAGUUGUGUUAGUAAUGCUCUUUAG